UUUUUGGUGGGUGGGGGUUGAAAGCCAGCUUCCUGGAAGUGAGUUGAGUGGAGAAGGUGGUGGGGGAAAAUGCAAUUGACGCGCAGUGGUGGUAAAGGAUGUUAUAAUUGAGUUUCCAUGUAAAGUCUGGAUGUCCUGAACUGGGAGCUGGGUUCUGGACGGUGACGAGGACUUCCCGGAAAUUGGGAAUUUUCCUCUGGAAGGCUCAAAGGGAGAAGAUAACCUGUGUGAAAGAAAAGGUGAAAAAUUGGCAAAUUGUGGGGCCUUCCGGGAAGGUAGGGGCAGUUUGUAGUAGCGCGCACGGUUGCAUACCUUCAGGCGUAAAGAUGUGACAACGGCCUCUAUCGGCAUUUUGCGAAUUCGGCGUGUUUGAGUGUGGUAGUGUUUUUGGGAGGUUCACCGUGAUAACACAACCCCGGAAGAGUGUGUGACACAACUCACACAACCGCAGAAAAGGACGAAGAUCUCUCACCAUAGCUACGCAGAGUCUGUGUGUCCGCUGGCGUCGCUGUAUUGUGUUGUUUGGGUCCUCCACGGUUUUUUUUACACGUCUUACACACUCCCAGGACCCGGAGCAACCGUACGCUCACUCUCCAGCGUGCGUAGUGAAAGUGCUUUCACUUCCCACCCCACCAUUCUCAAGAACAAGAAGAAAAAGGUCGUCCAUUGACUGAGUGUGACGGAACGUAUCGAGUCAGCAAGUCGCCAUGGACAGCUCGCCGGAUUUGUCGCUGAAGCUGCGCCGCGGGUCCAGCGAUUCGCGGGACUCGUUCUACAUGGACUUUGCCCAGGGCAUCGACUCGGACAUCGAGGACGUGGUCACGCAGGCUUCCGGUGGAGCCCUUCCGGCCCCUCCCUAUCAGCAGCAGCAGACGGACACGGGGAGUGUCACUACGCCCGGCAGUGUCACCCUGGCGCCGAUUACCGCCAGCAGUACGGCGAGCAUUCCGGACAUUACGAUCCUGUCCGGAGGGCCAGCGGGGUCGAUCUGCGGGGCGAGUGAAAUAAUCCCCGAAGAUCUGGAAGAGGACGAAGUCCUCCCGCUAGAGGAGGAAGAACCUGUCACAACCGGAGUUCAACCUGCGGUGGACUAUGAUGAAGACAUCGAGGACAUGGACGACCUGGAGCCGGUUCCGCCACCCAUGCCGGACCUGGCGGACCACACGCCGAUGGUGCUGCCGUUGCCGCCGCUGCCCAGCUUGGAUAUUGACGACAGGGACAUCGACCUACCAACGCAGCCCAUCAUGCCCUCCCCCUCAGUUCCUCAGAACGCGAUCGUAUCGCCGGAGACCUUCAGCAAUCACUCCUCUCCAACGCAGUCCUCCCAGCACCUCCCAACGGUCCCAAUAACCUCGCAACCCCUACCCACACCUCCUCCACCACCUCCCCUCUUAUCCGAAGCCCAAUCCCACCCUCAGUUGCCCCAACUCCCGCAAGACUACCAUACCACGAUCGCCGUGGAGUCCGAAUCCGCGCUAAGUUCCUCGAUCGGAACCGGUGGCAGCAAAACCCACCUCGGAUCUUCCACAACCUCCUCCGCGGGUGGCCCUUCCACGUUCCAGCGGGUCCCGACGCCAACCCAAAGCGUAAAAACGCCACCCUCGGUGGUCAUCAUUCCCGGCGGCGGUCCCGGAUGUUCCACGACCCCUUCGACUAGUGAUGCCGGCGGCAGCAGGCCAGCAGGUCCAAGCGGAGGACCCUCGCCGGUAGCCGGCCCGUACCACUACCAGCAGCGACACCAGCCCGGAGGAUCACCACUGGCCCAGGUGGCCACGCCCUCCACGACGGUCGCCACUCCGGCCCAGCACCAUCUGGCGGUGCUGUACCACUCCUCGCACCAUCACCAUCUGCAUCCGAUUCUGAACACGACCCGGCGGCCGUCCCGACUCCCGGAACCGAUCUACUACCAGCAGCAAAGGGAGGUGAAGCCUGGAGAAGCGUUGGCCACGACCUUGUCGGCGCUCUACGGGAAGCUGCUGGUGGUGAUGGGGAUCGCGUUUCCGAUGGCCGAGGUUAUCUCCACGUACAUUCCGCCCUCGUUUUAUGAGGGCUUCUACCUGUAUCUCUACAUCGGCAGCAUGGUGUUCCUCCUGUUUAUGUACACGACACUGCUCUGGGGCAAACCAAAGACUCCCCCUCCCGUCAAAAAACAACCCACCAAGGCGGCGAUAAUCCACCGGACGCAGAGCACGACCUGCUCGACGGACAGCGGCGAGCGGUCCGACAGCGAGGACGACACGGUCAGUUCGGAGCCCAAGGUCAUGAUCCCGACGCAGCGAAUGUCGAUGGCGUCGGCGGCGGCCGCCUCCCGCAUUCAGCACUUUGGCAGCUUCUACCUCCGGAUGGGGGCCGUCGCCUUCGGCAUCGGCAGCAUGAUCUACUCGGGGCUGGAGUUCGGGCAGUACUUUGAGUUGGAACGGGACACCAAGUGCCACAACGUGCUGCUCGCGCUGACGCCGGCCACCCGAAUGGCGUUCAUCUUCAUUCAGAUGUAUUUCAUCUUUCUAAACAACGAGCAAAUCAAAGUCUAUCGGCACAAGAUUUUGGCCCGGUUCGGACUGAUGCACAUGAUUGGCACCAACCUGUCGGUGUGGUUUUCGGUGCUGAUCCAGGAGACCAAGCACGAGAUACUGACGUUCUACAAUCCGGAGAACCGAACGUUGCGGAUUUCGCACCGAUUGGGUAACAAAAUGAUCCCUCACCCGGUGGAAUCCAUCGCCCACCUGCGGGUCGCCCGUGGCCUCAAAGGUCCCCACAACAUCUUCGAGUGCCGCCGCUCGAACAUCAUUGGAACUCUGGUCCAGGAUGCGUCCCCAUUCCUAUUUCCCUGUACCAUCGAGUACUCACUCAUCUGCGCCGCCAUCUUGUACGUCAUGUGGCGCAGCAUAAGCCGACCCCAAUCGGAACCACCCCAACGGCAAGAGAGCCUCCAUCCGCUCAAGAGGUCACCCCAUCACUACUCGGUGGACUGCGCGGGUGCCCACAAAGGACUGUUCAUCGGGAUUCUGAUUCUGGUGCUGACGAUCAUCUCGUUGAUCCUGUUCUUCGUGCUGAUCUCCCGGCCCGAGUUUGUCAGUUUGGCCGUGACGGAGGUCAACAUCUGCGAGUUGACGCUGUACGGAACGACGACGGCCGCAACGCUGAUCGGGAUGAUUCAGGUUCGCCACAUGCAGUACGACGCCUUCCGGAGUUUCAGCCUGGACGACAUCCUACUCGUCGGUGGCCAAACCGGCUCCUUCCUGUACAGUACCUUCACCGUGAUCGGCGGCCAGUUCAUGAUGCGCAAGGACACGGUCCUGGUUCUGAUCACCGCCCUGGCGUCCCUCGUCGAGACCGCCUGCCAAACCAUGUUCAUCCUGGACGCCAGCCGGCGAUCCGCCGCAACCCAGGAGCACAUCCGGAAGAAACCGGGCCGGGAAAUCGUCACCUUCCUCCUCGUCAGCAACCUGGCCAUGUGGGCCAUCAACACGCUGGAAAAGUCCCGCGCCGAGUCGCAUCCCAUCCAGCUGCACUUUUACGGCCUCUGGGCGUGGACCAUCAUCACGCACGUGUCGAUGCCGCUGGCCAUCUUCUACCGGUUCCACAGCACCGUUUGUCUGUGCGAAAUUUGGAAGCGGGCCUACAAAAUGAAACCGGCUUACAUGUAAUCUAAUCGCCGCCGUUCGAAAGGGGUGCGGGCAGGAGGACUCACUUUCAAGUGUGUUCGAAGCAAUUUGGAAAGGAAGAAACAUUCGCUGAGCAGUUCUCUGUGAAAUCGAAAGUCGAUUUGUUUUCUAUUUGACUUAGUUUUGGUUUGGGAGUUUUUAAUGAAAAUCGUUUGCUCAUGUUCCUUUUUCACAUACUUAUGAUUUUGGAUAUGAUUUUUUUUUCAAAAAAAUCUCAUUAAAAAUA